AAUUCACCACAACCCAGGUAACAACUACAGCAGUCUCUGUGACAACACCAACAACGACAACCGAAGAAUCAACAAGCACUGUGGCAGUUACAACACCAACUCAGACAACCACAGAACGAACAACAACCUCAACAACAUCUCUGGUUUCAACCACAGAGGGGUACUGUCUUCAAAAUAUGGAUAGCGAGAGCGGUGUAGAGACAAAGGACCAGACAAGAGGAAAUCUCUUGACAGAUGAGUCAGGCUUUCUCACAUUUUACGAGUUACCAAUUGAACAGUCUGUUGGCAACAGUGCUGUUCUGGAGAGAAAGUUCAAUAGCAAUAUCAAUGUUCGUGGAGUUCUUAUCACUUUGAAGAAAAUCACAUCAAGUGUUACUUCUGGACAAGCAGAAGGAAUGACCACACCAAAGACAGGAUCAACGUCACCACAGUCAGUCAAAUUCACUUUCACAUUACUUGCAAAGAGAGUAGACGAGAAAGAUUUCAAGCAAGUGGUGAUCAAAAAUACAAUCACGGAGUUUACCUUGACUAUUGAGGGUAUUCAAUCGGAAGUGAAGGUAUUUCCAGAGGACGAACCAUCACUGCAAGGUAUAACGGAACUUCAGAUCAAGUUCAUUGAUGUCUCAGGUGUCAGCGGAGCAACUAUUGAGUUAACUGUCUUGGGGUGUGCUGAAGAGUUUUCAACAACAGAAUAUGUGACAACCAAAUCCCCUACAACUAAAGGUUUGCCAACUGGAGACACUUUUCUAUCGUCUACUACCAUCAACUCCCGUCACCCUCGUAAGCAAAUCCAUUUGUCUCUUCACACUUGCAAUGUUUUUUGUUAUGCAUAA